UCUCUGGCAUAACCCUAGACUAGAAAACCUUCAAAAUUUAACGGUAAAUCAAUGGUAAAUAAUGACCUAUGAUAUUAUCCAUAGAUAAUAUAUUAUCUAUGCUUAUGAUAAUGACAUAACCUUAGAAAUACGAAUAAUUUGGAAAUAAAAGGAAAAUGGUCCUCAACAGCAAUAGUGAUAAUUCACAAAUUAUUCUUGCAACGGGAGGUUACGAUCAUACAAUAAAAAUAUGGCAAACACAUACAGGUAUUUGCCAGAGAACGAUGCAACAUGCAGAGUCCCAAGUGAAUGCUUUAGAAAUCACCCCCAAUAAGCAGUUACUCGCAGCCACAGGAUAUCAGCGGAUUCGUAUGUACGACUUAACUUCAAAUAACCCCAAUCCUGUUAUUAAUUACGAGGGUUUGUCAAAGAAUGUUACUAGUGUUGGCUUCCAAGAGGAUUGUAAAUGGAUGUUUACUGGCGGAGAAGACUGCAGUGCUCGUAUAUGGGACUAUAGGGCGAAAACACACAGAAACGCAGCAAAAAUAUUUCAAACAUCAGCUCCUGUAACAUCAGUUUGUCUUCAUCCUAACCAAGUGGAACUGUUGGUGGCAGACCAAAGUGGUGUUUUACAUUUGUGGGACUUAAGAACUGACCAUAAUGAACAAUUUAUACCAGACGGUGAAACGAUGAUUUUAGACGUUGAUGUUGAUGCAAGUGGUAAUUUUAUGGCAGCAGUUAAUUCUAAGGGAAGAUGCUAUAUUUGGAGUCUUACUCCUGCAAAGGAUGGAGAGCCCAGCAAAACAAGUCCUAAGACCAAGUUUGACGCUCACAAACGUCACGCUUUAAAGUGUAAAUUUAGUCCUGAUUCCAAUCUACUUGUAACAACAUCAUCAGAUCAAACUGCAAGGAUUUGGAAAACCAGCGACUUUUCCUUGCAACAGGAAUUGAAACAUGACAACCAGAGGUGGGUUUGGGAUGCAGCUUUCAGUUCUGAUUCCCAAUAUGUUUUCACUGCAUCAUCUGAUGGCUAUGCAAAGCUUUGGAAUGUGAAAACUGGAGCAAUGGAAAGGGAAUAUGCUGGACAUCAAAAAGCUGUAAUUACCAUGGCAUUUAAAGAUGCUGCUGUCUGAAGAGAUUGUUUGGAAAAGAUUGCCUGGAAAAGAUUAAAAUAUGUUUUUAAAAUCGAAUUUUAGAAUGCCGUAUUCUUGGGUCUCUUUGUAAUAAUGUGAGCUGUAGUAAAAAGAAAACAAUAAGACAAAGCAACACAACAUAAAACAGUACAAUAGAGAGUGAUAUAUUUAAUUUAUUUUGAAAAUACAUUAAUAAAAAUUGUACUGUAUUCUAAUGUUGUUACUGUUUAGUUUGUUAUUUAUUCAUUUUGAAAGAAAAGAAAAAAAGUUUUGUAAAAGAACUACAUUUUUUUAAUAU